AGUCACUGCGCUUCCUGCUUCGCCGUGCGGUUUGUUAUUGAAACGCGAAGGGAAAUGUUGAGAGUCGGUGAAGUCGGAAAGUGUGUGUUUGAUGAACGCCUUCACAAAGUUUAGUUUCUCGGUCGAUAGUUUCUUUGAAUUGUUCUGUUCGCGGUUUUAUCGGCUUUCCUUUUCACGUAAACUCCGUCUGGAAUAUGAAUGAGGAGAGUUACUCAGCGGUCGUCACCUGGAGUUACCUUUACGUGAGGUGGACGGGCACACUUCGACCUGUGCUGUCGUUUUAUUUUAUUUAACCGUGUCGUUUAAUUUCCAAGUGAAUGGAGUCGAGUAUUCCGUUUUAAACGAGCACAAUUUAAACUAAAAAAAAUAUAUAUAUAUAUAUGUCAGUAAAGAUGUCAGGGGUCAACGAGCAAAUGAAGAGGCGCCGCCCCCUCAAAAUGUUUUUGAUCUCGUCCGACGUGAAGGUGCAGGACGAGCUGGACGGUACCAUUCGGCUUCAGCGGGGGUUCAUCUGCCAGGAGCAAGAGCAGAGGAGCAGAGGCGACUUUCUUUGGGUCAAGGUGCUCGACAACAAUGCCAUGGUGAAACUGGAGAGGAAGUUCCUGCAUGAGCUCCCGCCUGACUUGAGCGGCCUGCUUGAGCCUGUAGCUGAUCCUGAUGCCCGCCUCAAACUUCUGAACAAUCCUGAGAAGUUGCGGCAGCUGGCUUCCUUGCCUCUCGAUGCCCCGCUUUGGGUCCAGAUCAGCCCACAGGACGAGCUGGCGGAGGCGGAGCUGAAAUACGUCGGGCCGACGACCAGAGGGAGCAGCGCUGUGCUGUUUGGAGUGCAGCUCAAGGGUUCAGCGGCCGGUAAAGGAUUGAGUAACGGUACCUUUAGAGGUCAUCGUCUCUUCAGCUGCCCUGAUGCGUGCGGCCUCCUCGUCCCAGUCAGCCUCAUCAGACUGCGCCGCUGGUCUCGCAGCAACAUCACCGACGCACAGGAUCGAGCCCGCGAGCGAGACCACCACCACCAACACCAACACCGCGGCGGCGGCGGCAACAAUCACCCCAGCAACGGGAAACACCAUCACAGCAGCAGCAACCACCCGAACCCUCCCCAUCAUCAUCCGCAGCAGAGUCGUCACAUUAGUUUCCACCAGCAGCGUCCCAGCAGCCCUCCUCAGCCGCGCAUUUUUGGCAUCCUGCCUCGGACCGCAGAGUCCGUCCCCGUCACGGCUCAAAACCAGGUCCAAGUCCGAGCUCCUGCUUCACCUCCACCUCUCCAUGUAGGUCAGCGCGUGUGUUUCCCCAUGGAGGACAAUUUGCACCCCGGGGAGGUGCACUUCUGCGGCCUCCUUCCUGGCUGCAACUCAUCAGUGAUGUACGUUGGAGUCCUGCUGGACCAUGCUGUCGGUAACUGGGACGGAUUCUUUAGAGGAGAGCAGCUCUGCCACAUUCCUUCCCCUGACUACGGACUACUUGUGCCAGUCACCAAGGUUUCCCUGGAGUCUAAAUCUCAUCGUCACAGUCCGGCCCAACAUCCCAAAUCCAUCCUGAGGCCGGCACCGCCCCCCAUCUCUAAACCCGGCCCUUCAUCGCCUUCUGCCUCCGCUCCCAAAGUCGCUCUGAUGCCCCCCGACAAACAAGCAGUGAGACCUCCGCCUCUGCCUCCACCCAAACCGCUCAACAAACAACUGCCCCCUCCCCCUCUGCCGCCUCCCAAACCCGUCAGCCCGACGACGCCGACAGAAGCCGACCAGCCACUGCAGACCAACGGCGAACACGGGCCUCCCUCGUUGUUGUGGACGCCGGACAACGGCGAGGCAGCGGGGGAGGACGGAGAGGCCGGGCAGGGGGGCGAGCUGGAGGUGGGGUCCAUGGUGGAAGUGAACGACCCGCCACUGUUUGGAGUUAUUCGCUGGAUCGGGAGACUCGGUGGGAUCACAGAGUCUGUGGCGGGGAUUGAGCUGGAUCAGGAGCUCUCUGCUGGAACAGACGGUAGUUACCUCGGUGAGCGUCACUUCCGUUGUCCGGCCAACAAGGGGCUGUUCGUCAAGCUCCGCAACUGUCGGCGGGACUCGAGGUUUCCAGCCCCCGAGACACCUGUCAAUCAAGUGGAGCGAUGCAACUCCAUAGCAUUCGCGGAGUGGGGCAGUGAGCGCGUGGAGGAUCACACUCCUCCGGUGGAGGGAGACGAGGCCAGAGAGCUGUACGAGGGCUGGAAGAGAGGCAUCCAGGGUCACCUCAACUCCUGCUACCUGGACGCUACGCUGUUCAGUCUAUUCUCCUGCUGCAGCUCGGCAGACUGGGUUCUGUUUUGGCCCUCGGACCCUGAGCAGGACCAGAACUCCAAGCACGCUCAGGACCUGCUGCGGUGUGAGGUCGUCAACCCCCUGAGAAGGUUCGGCUACGUGUGUGCCAGUAAGACCAUGGCCUUAAGACGACUGCUGGAGGCCGAGAACAGCGACAAAGGCUUCACCAACCAGGAGAAAGAUCCUGAAGAGUUCCUCAACACGCUUUUCCAGCUCCUCCGAGUGGAGCCGCUCCUCAAAAUCAGAUCGAUGACUCAACAGCCUCAGGAGUGUCACCUCUACCAGCUCUUCCCGCCCACCACACUUCCUUCCUCGCCCUCCUCACCUUUGCCUCUCUCCCCCAUUCACUCGCCCAUCCCUCUCUCCUCGCCACCCUCCACUCGGAUGAGGGUCGCCAGCGUCCAGGCGCUGCUGGAGUCCUCUUUCAUCCACUCCGGCCUCAAGUUUGUCGAGGCUCCAUCCUGCCUCGUUCUGCUCAUGCCCAGAUUUGGAAAAGACUUCAAAAUGUUUGACGCCAUUUUGCCGACUCAGAGCCUGGACAUCACAGACCUGCUUGACGACACUCUGAGACAGUGCAGUAUCUGUCAGGCUUUGGCGGAGUGGGAGUGUCUCCAGUGUUAUGACGACCCUGACAUCACCCCCGGUCAUCUAAAACAGUACUGCCACACCUGCAACACACAGGUCCACAGCCACAGGAAGCGGGAGUCCCACAGCCCCGUGAAGGUUUCUAUUCCUGAGGGAUCGUGGUCCGGCCCCCUGCACUGCACCCGUCAGCGGAUGUCUCUGUUCGCCGUGACGUGCAUCGAGACGAGCCACUACGUCAGCUUCGUCAAACACGGGCCCCUCCCCACCGAUUGGCUGUUCUUCGACAGCAUGGCGGACCGGGAAGGUGGAGAGAACGGCUUCAACAUCCCCCAGGUGAGGGCGUGUCCGGAGGUGGGGCGCUUCCUCAGCCUGUCAGAGGGGGAGCUGAGCAGAGUGGACGCCUCGUCGUUACGAGAGUCCGCCCGCCGCCUCCUCUGUGACGCCUACAUGUGUUUGUAUCACAGCCCAGAUCUCAGCCUGUACAAGUGACACGGACGAACCAGCACAACACACAUCCUCUCGGGGGCCUAUCGCGAUCCGGCGCUCAUCAGGGGGAGGCGGCGACGUCCAAAAUGUUUAACUCUUGAGUGAUUUUUCUUCUGUAAAGAGUCGGCCUGCAGUAUAGAUGUUGACAAUUGUUUACAUCUGAGUGUCCACGUGCCUUAUUAACACUCACACAGCAAAAAAACAAUGUGUCUGUAAUGGUUAACACACUUAACAUUUAAAUUUGCACACUUUUUAUUUACAUGUCAGUAAGUGUGCACUGUGUAUCAUAUACUAGCCUUAAACUGACUGUAAAAACUGCACACAGAUGUUUAUAUGUUUGUAAUGCUUCCAUGGCUGUUUAAUAUAAUACAGCUGCACACAAUGGGGACAAUUGUCCUGAUUAAUAAAUGCACUGAUUACUCUUCUA